GUGUCUUGAUGCAUUGAUCUUCUCAAAUUACGCUUGGCCGUUCCCGUCGUUGGAGUCUACGGAGGUACAUGCUUGGAGGAGUGCUUCUUGUGGCCUUCUUCUGGCGAGAAGCCACCAGUGCGUGCUUCAAGCAUGUGUCCUGUACCAGUUGCAUUGCCGAAGCCAACGAUGCCGGCAGUUGCUUGUGGUACACCCAGCCGGAGCUCUCGGGGAUCGGCUCGUGUGUCGCGGGGCGACCCGAGUACUCCCCGACCCGGCCAGGGACCAACCAGCUGGCGGUGGACGCCUAUGGCACCUGGUCGAUGGUAGUGCCCUUCACAGGUGAACGUCGCCACUUCACCGUGCCGGAUGUGGAUCAAGUCUCUGAUGAGAGUUGUUAUACCACCGGCUGUGUGGACGCGGGAGUGUGUGAUCCGGGCUACCUGGCUGUGGAGAAUAAGCCUUGCUACAGCGACAAUGUCUUUCCGGAGUGGCGGACGCUGCGAUGUUGCCGUCAGCAGCGGAACAUCAAUGGUUACCUGCGAGGCUUUGAGGCGGAGAAUGGCACGAUUCAGGGGAAGCUCUUUUUCGCAUCGUGCUGCACUGUUUGCUAUCCUGGGCAGGUCAUUAAGGGCUGCCAUGCUUACGACCCGGGCUAUUGUGAAGACUGCCCUUCCGGGAGGUAUAAUCUCUUCACCCAUGCCGACAGCGAAUGUCAACCCUGCCAACCUUGCGAAGCCGGAAGGGUACGCCGACGCUGUGGGCCCUCGACACAGGGGAUUUGCGAGCUUUGCGAAGCGGGGAAGGAGUACAAGGUGAAGGGGUUGGAAGGCUCCUACACUGAUACUUGCUUACCUUGUGAAAGCUGCCCCAGUGGCCACAUGCGAGUUGGAUGUGGUGGAGACAAUCCAGGCUAUUGCGCACCUUGCCAGGGCUCGAGCUUCUUCAGUUCGCCGAUUUGCCGGAACUGCCCCGCCUGCACCUUUCCAGUGGACUACGUCCGCCAUGGCUGUGGAGGGCAGCAAUUGGGAAUCUGUGUGGACUGCCCCAAGGGCCGCUUUGAGGACGUCUCACUCGCUUGCCUCACUUGUCCGAGCUGCAGUGAGACCGAGACCGUCGAUCCCAUCGACGGAAUGGAACUCCAUGGAGCUUGGGCAAGGGUCGGCUGCGGUGGCAAGACCAACGGAAAGUGCGUGCGCAUGGCUUCCCGCUUGGACCUUGAGGGCUUGCCACGGUGCCCCUCCUCCGUGGAUCCGGACGCCUUGUGCGAGGGUACCCAGAUCGCAGCACGCUGGAGCGUGCAGGGUCUCUCUCUCCGGGAGCUGGACGCAGAGUAUGGCAACUGCGCAGUCGACGCGGGACUUUGUUUGAGCGGUUUCUUCCGCGUGAAACUUCUACAGCGGCAAGUGGAUGCCUUUGAUGGCGUCGAGGUAGCGGAUCUGGGGGACUACUUUGCAGCGGAGCUGGAGCACCUCUCCUCGCUGGACGCGACCCCAGCAGUGAUGGCCAAAGGCGGCUUGCAGUUGCCCAGCGGGCUGCCCGAGGCUUCGGGUUAUUUCUUGCGCGUGUUCUUCUACGACGCCGCAGGGAGCUGUUGCAGCGCCGUCUCCACCUCGCCUCUCUUCGCUGACUCUGAGGACUUCAGCCUGGAUGGUGAGGAGACAGUGGUCCAGGAAGCGCUCGACCGGGCCAGCGAAGAGAUCUCCUCGGGCCAAUGGGAGGAUGCCUUUGCUCUCAUGAGUAGCACUUGCGCCAGCAGCAACGCCGCCAGCACCUGGUUCACGUGUGAGACCGCCAAGGCGCUUCAGUUGGGUUUGCCAGUGGGGCAAAGAGCUUUGGUGCCCCUUCCGCUGCUCCAUUCCGCCAACAGUGCGGAGGUGGCAGCGCUGGGAGCUGCCUACUCCGUGACGGAGGCCGGGCAGAGGUUGGUUGACAUCGAGCUCAUCUACACUGGCGUUGUGGAUCUGAUUCCUGCGAACGCUUCAGUUUGGAGGGCCUUAAUGUACCCACUCUUUGGUGCAGCUCCCUUUGCAGCUGGACUCAACACCACCACCUCCACCACCGUCAUCCCCUUCACGGUGCAAGAGGCGAAGCAACGUCUGGAGGAGUUGAAGCAGGGCGCUAUGGACCUAUCACAGAAGGCCGAGCUGCUGCAUCAGCAGUGGGCCUCGGAGCUCUCCAGUGGUGCGCGGCUCUUGCCGCAGAAGCUGCAGAAUCUGCAGGAGAUCGAUCACCUGUCGGGCGCCUCCACGGCCAACGCCUCCUUCGACGUGAUUCGCAUGGCGCAGGGCGUCACCUGGAAGGUCUCCUAUGAGCUCGAGGAGUUGAAGAAAUCGAGCCAGACGCUGCAAGCCAAGGCAGAUGCAAUGGCUAAACUUCUUCAGAGAAUCGGCUCGAUGGCUUUGCUUCUGGUUGGUACUUGGGGCCACACAUGGUAUCAUGGCUUGGAAUGGCGAUUGAAGUGCCAAUGGCGCGAGGGGGACGAGCUCCAUUGGCCACCCAUUUUGCCCACGGCCACGUUGGGCGGUGCUUAUCCCCCACCGGGCGCUAUUGAGGUCUCAGAGAGCAAGAAGCGUAUUUGGAUGCGCUUCCAGGAGGUGUCGGCUCUCGGGCGUCGGCUCUCGGCCACCGCGAAAUCGAAAUCGUCACAAGUGACGGAGAUGCAUGCCGCUUGCCGUAGCGAUUUCGGCUCUAUGUCGGCAUCGCAAGGCAAGUAUUGCCUGUCAAAGCCCAGCACCUUGGGUUUUCCCACCCAAAACAUGGCGCUGCGCUAUCAUCGCACCUUCAUCGAUGUGGAAACCCCGACGGACAUGUGGUCCGUCGAAGGAAAACGAGGCAGCAGUUGCCCACCUCCCGAACGCCCCUCCUGCCAGAAGUAUGAGGAAUGGCGAUGCCACGUGCAGGUGUCCCAGUUGUGGCAGCGAGCAGCGCACCUUGGGACGUCCAGUACCACGAAGCCAUCCACCUCAGGUUCCGAGGGAAGCUAUGGGCACCCACAUGUUUGCCGCAGACCUUGCAUCAAGUUCGCUCGCGGAUCCUGUGAACAGGGCGCCGAGUGCGGCUUUUGCCAUAGUUCUCAUCCCAGUCGCCCUUUGACCUUCGACAAGUCCGCGCGGAACUUCUUGGCGACGUGGUCCAAGGCCAAGAUCUUGGAGGCAGUUCUUCCACCUUUACGAGCAAAAGCGAAGGCAGUAACUCGCAGUCCAGCACCGAACCACUGGUGGCCAAUGUCCCUGUGAUGGACAUUGGGCAGGAAAUCGAACUUUGUGGAGCACAAACGGUUCAGCAGCUCAUAGAGUGUGAAUUCACCAUCCGCCGUGCUUUGAAACCUUCCGGUAGUGCUGGCUCAGCCCCGAGGAGGAUCCGUGAAGUCUUGGAGAAAAUGUCCUUCGUGAGCCUCGUGGGCUUGGUGCGCUCCUACGUGGGGGGCCACCUGGGCACGUUGUUGCUGCAGACCUUGGAGGAAAUGCGCGAGGAAGCGAAGGAAGUGAAGGGCUGCCAGUGGUAGCUUUAUGACAUAGCGACAUGAUGGGAAGCAACAUGGGAAACAGCAAUGCAAGGAGGGGGUUAGAGAUAUGGAUGUGUGCUCUGUCCGAGUGAAUGUUGUACGUCAUUGUACGCGUUUGUUUUGGGGUUGUGGAGAACAUCAACAAUUUAUUGGCUGAAGGAUUGAUUGCGGAGGGCCCUGAUCGGUUCUCCUUUCAUUUCACAUCUCCAAUGUGACCACAGCACAAGCUGCUGAAGAGGGCCAUACGUCGAGUGAAGUGAACCAGUUUCAACAUGUGUCAACUGUGGCCAGUUGCUUCAUUUUCCACUGUAUGGCCUGCAAGUCCAGCACCUUCUGGGCCCAAACGUGGUCAUGCCGCCAUGCAUUGUGCUGUUGUGCGUUCACAUUUGCUAUGGCGAUCAUGUUGAGGUGCAGUGAUGCAGUUGAGAGAAGGUUCCUGUAAACCUGGU